GCAGCAGCCCCAGCCCGGAUGGAGGCGGGCAAGCACGCGAGAGGAAGAAGUGGCGCCGCGAGCGACGAGCCGCGAGGAAGUGGAAAAGCAGCACGCUCUGCUUUUCAGCAGCAGUAGUCGUCGAUGCUGCGAUGGCCGUGGCUUCAAACCGGGAAUUGGAAACAUCUACAGGGCAGCCGUAGUCGCCUUCUCGCUCGGGCGGGUGCGCGGGGUCUGCGCUGCGACAACGCAAUUGUCCCGGACCAGCAGCAGCAGCAGUGACUGGAUUGGAAGCUGCGAGUGAGCGAUCUGCGGAAUGAGCCGCUGGGAAUGGUGCACGUGCACUGCAUCUCUCUCAAGGUGAUAUGUGUGUGCGUGUGACUGUCGGGCCUUCUUUCGAGCUCCGAUUCCUGGGGAAUAAUCCCGGAUCGAGGCAAUCCUGACUCGGGGAAGGUUCGGGGACAAUACACAAUUCUCUCUUGACGACGAAGGAACGGCAGGCAGGCAGGCAAGGCGGGCUUGGUGGCAGCGAUCAUUCAGCGCUGGAGUGAUUCAUUGAUCAGCAGACGGAUCCGAUAUUGGUCUGUGAGCUCCGGAACUCCUGGGUUGGAGAAUUGUGUCCCUGAGAGAGAGAGAAGACAGUGCGCGAAGUUGUUAGAAUCAGGUAGGGACGAGCACGCGAGGGAGCUGAUGUUUAAAUUGUGCUUCGAGCAAGCUUGAUGGAAGCCCACUUGCGUCAUUCUUUUAGAUAAAAUCAAAACAAUCAGAAAUCGAUUAAGAAGCUGCGGCACGAUGUCUACGCUGUGUAGUAGCGAUUACUACAGAUACAAUCCAAGUGAUGGAAGAUGCGUAUCACGACAAACAAACUCUGUUUUCUACUUUGUCACCAGUAUAGUGGCCCUUUUAAUUCUUACCUCGGUAGUCAUGUUCUGCGUCUGCUGUGUGUGUUUGAGAAGGAGACGCUUUCUGGCUGCCAAUCAGAUGAGAACUGGGCCUACGCUGGGCUUGAAUUCUGCCAACGUGACCUUCAUUGGUCCCAUAUCCAACUAUCCACGGCACAUGGAGGAGGGUAGACUAAGUGAAAUUCCCGCAAGUCCACCACCAAAGAAAAAUCCGGGAGUAGCCGUGAUCAUGCCAGGAGAGGCUGAGGCGUCAUUUAUCGCAGAACCCACAACGCCAGUCGAAACAGCGCCCAAUAAUAGUUCUCAUCCUGAUAGAUCACAAGAGGAAUCUUCAGGGACGAUCCUUAUUGCACAUACAAAAACGUAGGGGUUUCGAAGUUUUUUGUAAAAAAUUUGCUAUUGGAGUUAGAUCAUAGGCGUCAAGACAUUUAAAGAGAAAGAGAUUUGGUCAAACUGUUUAGGCCACAGGCAAGACCGGACACAAGGGAUUCUUGUUUCAUGAAGGGACUGAAGCUGUCAGAGUCCGUUAGCUCUCAUGAAGAUCACGGCGCUCUAGCACAUGUGGGAGACAGGAAGACCAUCUUCUCAACUUUUAGUCGAGAACAGAUGCCAUGGCUGUAAAAGUCCGAGAAACUUGCCUGUGUGUGCACAUAUUUCAUUACGUACCUUGAUUGUGCGAAGCUUGAAUUCACCUUCGCCUCCACUUUGUAUUAUAAACCGUGAAAUCUUUAC